AUGGGGCCCAGAACUGCACGCAGUAAUCAAGGUUAUCUCUUCAAUUUUGCCACUGCUGCUACAAAAAAGAUAUCUGAAUCUGUUGCUGAAACAGCACAGACAAUAAAGAAGUCUGUAGAAGAAGGAAAGAUCGAUAGUAUCAUUGAUAAGACAAUUAUUGGAGAUUUUCAGAAGGAACAGAAAAAAUUUGUCCAAGAGCAGCAAACAAAAAAAUCAGAAGCAGCAGUACCUCCCUGGGUAGAUAGCAAUGAAGAAGAGACAAUUCAACAACAAAUACUGGCCUUAUCAGCCGAUAAAAGAAAUUUUCUGCGGGAUCCUCCAGCAGGUGUGCAGUUUAAUUUUGACUUUGAUCAAAUGUACCCUGUUGCAAUGGUGAUGUUACAGGAAGAUGAACUUCUCAACAGGAUGAGGUUUGACCUCGUUCCCAAACACGUAAAGGAGGAGGUGUUCUGGAGAAAUUAUUUCUACAGGGUGUCUCUAAUUAAACAGUCUGCACAACUCACUGCACUUGCAGCUCAACAGCAAGCAGUAGGAAAAGAAGAGAGCAAAGGCAGAGAAGAGGAUAGUCAACUGAAAGAAACAGUACGGCCAAAAACACCGCCUGUUACGAUAAAGCCUCAAAUAAAAUCUCAAGAGGAUGAGGAAGAGAUUUCCACAAGUCCAGGUGUAUCAGAAUUUGUGAGCGAUGCCUUUGAUGCCUGUAAUCUGAAUCAGGAAGACCUAAGAAAAGAAAUGGAACAACUGGUGCUAGACAAAAAGAAAGAAGAGACUUCAGUAGUAGAAGAAGAAACAGCUGACUGGGAAAAGGAAUUGCAACAAGAGCUUCAGGAGUAUGAGGUGGUAACAGAAUCAGAAAAGCGUGAUGAAAACUGGGAUAAAGAAAUAGAAGAAAUGCUGCAAGAAGAAAAUUAAGCAUUUUCACAAAAUCACUACAACACUAAGCUUUUUCUGAGGACUGAUGUGGAUUUCUGCUUUCAUAUUUUGCUUAUGAAAUAUCUUCAAAAGACAUAAAAGAAUCUAAAAUUGUUAUAAUUCCAUAUGGGAAUACAACCAGUGUUUCUGUUCUUUAUGAGCAGUUCCUGAACUUCUACAUUCUUCAAGAGAAAAAAAUAAAGAGGAGACAGACACUGCAGGUUAUAUGUCAUAAUUAAAACUGAUAACAUUAUUACAUGAAGCAGCAGUUUAGUUUGGGGCCAUUUUAGGUGGUCAAGAAGCUCUGCAAGGAGAUUUCUAAACCUAAGAAUCUCAAACUUUUUAUCUACAGCCUUCUGUUUUGGAUG